UCCUAGAGUGGCAACAUAGAUAAGGUGCGCGCAGGCGCGUCUUCACUCUCUUUCCGCUCAGUGAGACCUUUAGCCAUGGGCCGCCGACCCGCGCGUUGCUAUCGAUACUGCAAGAAUAAGCCUUACCCCAAGUCCCGCUUCUGUAGGGGUGUUCCUGACCCCAAGAUCAGAAUCUUUGAUCUGGGCAGGAAGAAGGCCAAGGUCGAUGAGUUCCCACUCUGUGGGCACAUGGUGUCAGAUGAAUACGAGCAGUUGUCAUCAGAAGCUCUAGAGGCUGCUCGUAUCUGUGCCAACAAGUACAUGGUGAAGAGCUGUGGCAAGGAUGGGUUUCACAUCCGUGUGCGCCUGCACCCCUUCCAUGUCAUUCGCAUCAACAAGAUGUUGUCAUGUGCUGGAGCUGAUAGGCUUCAGACUGGAAUGCGUGGAGCCUUUGGUAAGCCUCAAGGCACUGUGGCCCGUGUGCAUAUUGGUCAGGUCAUCAUGUCCAUCCGCACCAAGGUGCAGAACAAGGAACAUGUCGUUGAAGCAUUGCGCAGGGCCAAGUUCAAGUUCCCUGGGCGCCAGAAGAUCCAUAUUUCCAAGAAAUGGGGCUUCACCAAAUUCAACGCUGAUGAGUUUGAGGAAAUGGUGGCUGAGAAACGCCUUAUCCCUGAUGGCUGUGGAGUUAAAUACAUCCCCAACAGGGGCCCUCUAGACAAGUGGCGUGCGUUGCAUACCGCAUGAGUGCAAUGUAGGCUGCUCCACUCAGUUCUUUUCUUGAAGGAAAAUUGAUGAGAAUAAAAAUUUCUAUCUA